AUGGUGCUCAGCACCAACUGUCCAUGUGUUAUGGGAGAAGGAGCACUGCUCUCAUUUUCAGACUCACUGCACAUAGCAAUUCUGGCUUUCAUAGUUUCUCUUACCAUUUACUGGCUCAUCAGACACAGUCACAGAGUGAGAAGCCUGAGUGGAAAGCAUGUCUUCAUAACAGGCUGUGACACAGGACUUGGAAACUUACUGGUUAAAUGUCCUGACAAAAGGGGAUUUUGUCUCACUGCUACACGGGCCACAGAAAAAGGAGGCCAAGAGCUACCGUCCCACUCCUCACUCUCCCUGCAUGCAGCAAACCUGAACUUAGCUGGCUCCACCACACUUCCAGGGCUGUGGUGGUCAUUGCCUAAAGCCUUUAGCAAAUUUUGCCAGGUGUACAGAGUAGACCUUAGAAGCAAAUGCCAGACAACUGUUUUCAUCUCACAGUUUUUUGGCUUGGUGAGCAAUGCUUAAGGAAUAGCACCUGUAGCAUCCACUGACCUGCUGAGAAUUAAAAACCUCCACUCAGUGCCGGAUGCUAGUCUUCUGGGAUUGACUGAAAUCAUGCUCAAGCUCCUGCCAUUUCUGAAAAAAGCUGAGGGAAUAGUGAAUCUAAUUAAUGGCAAAGGCCUAAUGGCUUUUGUAGGAGGUGGCUACAGCCUGUCAAAAUGGAACAUGGAAGUUUUCUCUAACAUCUUACAGAUAGAGAUGCAGCAUUUUGGAGUGAAAGUAAGCAUUGUUGAGCAUGGUUUCUUUAAGGCAGGAGUAGCUAAUUCAGAUGACAUUGAGAAAGACCUCUUGAGACUUCGGGAUAGACUGAAUUCUAAGAGCAGGGACUCCUAUGGAGAAAAAUACUUUGUUGAAUAUAACUAUGUGGCCAACUGUGACUCUGGUAUGUUUAAGGUCAUAAAACACAUGGAACGUGCCCUGACAGCAAAGUACCCCAGGACACGAUACAGAGCUGGAUGCGAUGCAAAGUUCUUUUGGCUGUUCCUCUCCUGUGCCCCAAGCUGUUGA